AAACACACUACCCGGAGCAGACACGGCUAAUCUGGACAGUUAUAGUAACACCACCGCCGCCAUUUUGCUUUUGAAUCAUGUGUGUCCCGGUUGUUAAUGAUUGAUAUAUCGCCCAACUCUUUGAGGACAUUUACCCGAGGUUAACUGACAAAGACGCACUGAUGGAGAGAUCAGUGUAUUUAAUAUUUACUUUAAUAGUGAUCUGUGGCGGUGACGACGUGGAGAACCUGAUACACUGUAAACACACGGAGCUGUCGGACCGCAUCACCAACUGCAGGAAGAGCAAUCUUCAGGUGGGCAUCCUCAAGACGUCGUCGUCAGCAUCAAGGUCAACAGGCUUCGUCGACUACGAGGAACUAUUUGUUUCCGCCACAAGAUCCACGUGCAGUAACCUGGACGAGUUCACGACCCAGCUGACGUGUAAACACAAUGUGAUAGACGAGUGUCUGGCUGAUGAGUACAAGCACCUGCUCCCCGACCAGUACAACUUGGCGGCGGCCGUCCGCUACUUGUGCACGAACCUGUUAGAGAUGAACGACCAGUGUCUGAGGGACUACAUGCUUAACAUGGGCGAGUGUCUGUUGCACCGGGGCUAUGAUAACCCGGCCCAGAUCGCGGACUCAUCUAUCACGGAGAACACGUGCAACUUGUAUUCCUACGCCUCAACGUGUGUUGCCACAACGUUCCGACCGUGUGGGUCCACUCCGCUCAAGAUCUACAGGGAGGCCAUGACCUAUCUCAAACCACGUGUCUGUAGUGGAGCGGUCAAGGUCACCGCUGUGAUGCUAACGCUUGCAAUGACAAUGUGUAAGACGUUGUUCGACGUGUUGUUGUAAGAUCUGUAUGAUACACAACAUGAGACCUUUACAAAGAAGUGUUGCGCAUUCUGUGGAUUAUGCGAGUAGAUGAUGUACAGUUAAUAUUAAAUAACGAUUGAAUGGGAGGAUGGAGACAUGUACGGCUUGUAUAGUGGCUUCGCAUUAUCUCGGGUGAUUUCCACACCUGCACAUGAUACCUCUAGAACCUAUGGAUUACACUGCUUCGCAGUUUAUUGAAGUAGUAUC